AUGAGCAAGAGCAAAGGGAACAAGCGCCGCGAAAUGGACGUCAUGAAACUGAUGAUGAGCGACUACGAGGUGCACCUGACGGACGAGACAAAGACGACGGACUUUGACGUGAAACUCCACGGCCCCAAAGACAGUCUGUACGAAGGCGGGUCGUGGAAGGUCCAUGUGACGCUGCCAGAUGACUAUCCGUUCAAGUCGCCAUCGAUUGGUUUUGUGAACCGCAUUUACCACCCCAAUGUGGAUAAAAAGUCGGGAUCCGUUUGCCUGGAUGUGAUCAAUCAGACGUGGAGUCCGAUGUUCGAGCUGGUCAACGUCUUUGAUACGUUCCUUCCUCAACUGCUGCGCUAUCCAAACCCAAGUGAUCCACUGAAUGACGCAGCUGCUUCACUGCUGAUGAAAAAUGCGGAGAUGUAUCGUAUAAAAGUGAAAGAGUACGUGAGCACCUACGCCUCGCAGUCCAUCGAGAUGGGCGACGAGGAAGGAGACAGUGAUGUGAGUGACAUGAGCGACAUUGAGUAG